AUUAUAGAAUUUGAUCCCUUUGAUGUCUCCUUGUCUAAUUUUGAUUUCUCUAUUCGGUACUUGAGACUGUGGAGUUAGAAACGAUUACCAUCUCGUAGAUCUCGAAUCUCUUAGGUGCUUUUUGUUAUAUGAUCUGUAUCACGUUUUUGCGUGGAAGUGGAUCAGAUAUGAACUGGGUUCAACGAAAAAUCUACCUUUACAAUGUCACGUUCGGGCUCUACAUGCUUGAUUGGUGGGAACGAUACCUCUUCAAUGGUUUGGUGGUAGUCUUGAUGUGGUUCGUAGCAUACAAUGGUACACGCUACUUUUCUGAACUCUUCAAGAGGCAUUUGACAUGAAAGCAAUGUCUUGUUUCUCGUGCGCGGUAGAGCAUGAAAACUCUGGAACCACCUAAGGCUUACCACGUUUGGUUUCAAUUUCUCAGACGUAUACCAACAAAACCUCCAUGCUGCUUCACCUCCCUUUUCGGCUUUCUGUUAGCUUUCCUCCAAAGUUCGACAUCACCUAGGACUGUUCAAAUUGUCUAUGUGUCAUUUGUUACCAUGCUUUUGGAGUUCAUAGAACUUAUUUACAGACACAUUAGAUUCCAAGUCUUUUUGUUGUAUUCCCAAUCUCUUUUGAGACAUAGCCAAACCAAUACUACAAUGAUUGUGGUGUUUUUUUUUUA